GCCCCUGGUAAAGCUGUCUGCAAGGAGAGCAAGAGGAAUCAACAUCAUCGGCGCGGCCAUUCCAGCACCAACAUGGCUCUCAUCUGCACCCUGCUUAGCUGCUGACCGCGGCCAUUUUUGCUCCUUCCCCAGCAAGAGAAGGUCGGUCAGUGGGGCCGAGUCCUCCAAAUGACGAGUUGAGGCUGCUUCGGCCCCGGGUGCAGCGCGAUCGGGUUGUUCCUUUCUCUUCUCCUUGGUUCUGUCCUCAAGAUCACCACUGCCUUGCAACGCACGCGACCACGGUGGCUGCUGUCGUCGUCGUCAUCGCCCAACAAUAAUGUCUCCACCUGGAAGACGGCGAUACUAUAUUUGGCCUGUCCGAAUCGCCUUACUCGUUGUCUGCCUCUCACUUCCACAUGAAUCUCACCAAGGGCCUCACGAAAAGAGACUGUUACACCAAUUGCUAGACCACUACAACGUGCUGGAAAGACCUGUGGCCAAUGAGUCGGACCCACUGCAACUAAGUUUUGGCCUCACGCUCAUGCAAAUCAUAGACGUGGACGAAAAAAACCAAAUGCUUACCUCGAACGCUUGGUUAAAUUUGGAGUGGAACGAUGUCAACUUGAGGUGGAAUUCGUCUGAGUAUGGCGGCGUCAAGGACCUUAGGAUCCCUCCUCACCGCAUUUGGAAACCCGACGUGCUCAUGUACAACAGUGCGGAUGAGGGUUUCGACGGGACCUAUCCCACUAAUGUCGUGGUCAGAAAUAACGGUAGCUGCUUGUACAUUCCGCCGGGCAUCUUCAAGAGCACAUGCAAGAUAGACAUUACUUGGUUCCCGUUUGACGACCAGCGGUGUGAGAUGAAGUUCGGCAGCUGGACUUACGAUGGAUUUCAGCUUGAUUUACAGCUGCAAGACGACGGAGGUGGUGACAUUAGCAGUUUUAUCACCAACGGUGAAUGGGAUUUACUAGGUGUUCCCGGCAAAAGGAACGAAAUUUACUACAAUUGCUGUCCUGAGCCGUACAUUGAUAUUACAUUUACCAUUAUCAUUCGCCGGCGGACCCUGUACUACUUUUUCAACCUCAUAGUGCCGUGUGUGCUGAUCGCCUCGAUGGCAGUGCUUGGCUUUACGCUGCCACCGGAUUCCGGCGAAAAACUCUCCUUAGGAGUAACCAUUCUUCUAAGCCUGACUGUGUUUCUAAACAUGGUUGCCGAGACAAUGCCUGCAACCUCCGAUGCAGUUCCUUUAUUAGGCGUUACAAUUCUACUCUCAUUGACGGUAUUCCAUAAUUUGGUUGCUGAAACCCUGCCACAAGUAUCCGACGCAAUGCCUGUGUUAGGUACAUAUUUUAACUGCAUCAUGUUCAUGGUGGCAUCAUCAGUGGUUUCUACUAUACUCAUCCUGAAUUAUCAUCACCGAAAUGCUGACACUCAUGAAAUGUCAACUUGGGUGAGACUGAUAUUCCUCCAUUGGAUGCCAUGUUUAUUGAGGAUGAGUAGACCUAGCGUCGAACCCGAACCGCGUAAAACGCUACAACUGAGAGAGCUUGAACUGAAGGAGCGAUCCUCCAAGAGUCUUCUAGCCAAUGUGUUGGAUAUCGACGAUGAUUUUCGCCACACAGGAACAUUACAAUCUUCAAGCACCACGGGCUUCCUUAGGGUAUCGGGGGGUGGCGGGGGGCACGAUGAACCGCAAAUUGUGCACAACUGUAUUGGGUCCCACCGAGAACUUUCGCUCAUUCUCAAAGAGAUUCGCGUUAUCACAGAGAAGUACAGAAAGGAAGAUGAGGCGGCCGAAGUGACCAAUGAUUGGAAGUUCGCCGCCAUGGUUGUAGAUAGACUCUGCUUGAUAAUUUUUACCCUGUUCACCAUAAUUGCAACGAUAGCAGUGCUAUUCUCAGCGCCACAUAUUAUAGUUACAUAAGGAAGAGACUUAUUAACUUGUAGCGUUCGCAAAAACAAACAAAAAAGAGGAGAGAAUCGAGAGAAAAAAAAUUGGACAUGCAACACACACACACACAAACUCACAAUUUUUCGAGAUAUCGCGCGCGAAUCACGAUUACUACUGCAGAACGAAAGUCAGAGCAAGGAUGAUGAUGCAAGAAAGAUGAGAAAUUGUAAUCAGAUAUCUUUCAAUUUAUAUAAAAUUAACGAUAAAAUUAACAUUUUUAAACUGCAGCUUAGAAGACGAUGAAAAAAGACACUAUACUCGAAUACCACACAAUUACAAGAGACGAGUCUUUUUUGGUUUGUUUGUAUUCUAUCACUUGUAGAGAGUGUAUUUUUAUCGCUUGGAUAAUUCAAAACCAACAUCAAUGCUCCAAAACACGGGUGUAAAUACAUACACAAAUAUGUGCGCUCGCGGCGCCCCCAAAAGUUCUCGCUCAGGCGCGCGUGCAUCAACAAUAAAUUGAUGAUUUCAAAUGAUGAUGAUGAGAAUACUUGCUUUAAAAACACGGACACAGCUAAAAAUGAAGUACUUUUCUAGCGAAAAAAAAACUUAAAACAAACGGUUUGUUGAGAUGCUAACACAGUUUUAGAGCUGCGGAGAUUUUAAAACAAAAGAAAAGUAGCCACAAAGUGGCGCUGUCAGUUUUUCAUGAGGUGUUACUAGAGUUUUUAUAAUUGGUUUCAAGCUGCCUUCUUCCUCAAUGAUUAUUUAUUCAAGAAAAAAAUGCGAUAUUAUGAUGUUAAAAAUGACAUUAUUAAUAACUUGAAAUGUUUAAAAAGCUCGUUGGCUCAAUGAUUGCGAUUUCCCAAAGAGGAACACUGCACCCAAAGAAAAAAAACUAUUAUAUUUAACUGCUGCUAAACUGAAAACUCAAGCAUUGUGACUUGGUAUUAAACAAUCAAUCUUAAAAAGGAAAUGCGGAAUCCAUCUUGCAGCCACCACUGCGAAAUUUAUCCCUGCCUGGACAAUUGUCAGCGCAAAACAAUCGCGCAUGGCAAUUUAAACAUGAGGCGAUUUCUAUAAAUAAAUAAAUAAAAAGUUAAAUUAAGUUUAGCGAGUUGAAGCGACUUAGAAAAAAAGAACAAUCUCCAUUUAUACUAAAGAGAGAGAUUUAAUAACAAGGGGUUGCUAAGGUCCGGUUUAAAGUAAAACAUAAAUUUAAUUAAUUAAUUCUGGUCCGAAAUGGAAAAUCCUUAAAUAAUAUCAAAACGCCUUUCAUCCGGAAACUUAGCGACUCCUAAAAACCUAAACUUGCCGAAUAGUGUUAAUUACAUAAAAAUCAUUGUGAGAUAUAUUUAAACUUUAAAAGAAAAACUAAACGAACGGAAUUUAUUGUGUCAAAUUGAACAUUUAAAUCAAGGGCCAGGUCCCACUUAAAAGAAUUAAAAAGUGCAUUGUGAUAGAAUAUUAAUAUUACAACGGAUUGAAAAAUCAUGAUUUGUUGAAUAAUCAAUGCUGUUCAAAGACGAUUUAAAACUUCUGUGCUUCGAUUGUUUCCCUGCAAAAAUCCACAUACACACUAGGAAAGUGAUCCACACAAUAUUAUUUUUUAUCUAAGUGAUGCAGAAAAAAACUUAUUCCACUUUUUGCAACAUGAGAUGAACGGAAAAACAAUAUCAGAGACGAUAGUUCACGCAGAUUUGUAUGUGGUGGUAACUAUUAAUUAUUCGUAACGCAGUUUUUUAUGAAAUGUCAAGCAUCAUGUAACAGUUAUCGAUGUUUUUAACUCACACACAACAAGAAGCCACGCGGACAUAAAACAAAAACACAUCCACACACAAACACACACACACACUCAAGGCAGACACAAGAACAUUUACACGGAGAAAAAAGCAGCCAACAACACAGAUACUAAAACACACUAGCACUAACGCAUUUGGCAAACCAAUUUUUGCUCAUUCAAUAUCUAUUAAUUAUGUAUAUUUGCAUUGCGCACAUUACAUUGUUGCAAGAGCCAGUGGACGCUGGUGAUCAGUUUUGUGAGUGGAAAACGAGAGCAUAUUUUAUUUUAAAUUUUAACUAAAAGUGCAAUUCCAUGGGAAAAAAAUAUAAUUACAUUGCAUAAAGAAUACACAGAGAGCAUUAGUGUGUUGAUUCAUUAUGUGGUGCUUUAAAUUUAACUGAGGGAGAGAGAAUUAUUAUAAUUAAUUAUCAUUGUAACUAAUCACUCUCAGAAACACAAAAAACGCAGACCGUUCUAUAAACCGAGGAAAGAAGUACUUAGAUCAAUUAUAGUUGAUAAAAACUAUUAUGCAAACUUUGAGCAAGCCCGCGCCCUUUUUGGUCCCCCAAGAAAUGCAGAUCAUUGUGGCAAAAUAUUAGAAGAAGAAAAUGAUUAAAAAAAAAAACACUUCUCAUCGCAGUAUAAGCUGGCUGAGUUUUUUGGUGAAUUUCUAAAAGUAUAUGAGCUGAUGCGCACAUAAUUUGAAAGAGAUCAUCAUUAAUAUACUUUGAUUAAUAUUAAUUAAGACAGCAACGACGACAAUUGUUAAAUGUAUAUAAGAAAAACUAAUUCUCAGAGUUACAUGGUACCUUUACAGAAAUUUAAUCAGAUUGUCAAGUAAAAUCUUUGCGGAAAGGAGGAAUUUAAAUUUAACGAGCAAGCGUGCAUGUGGAUCCGCGCAAUUUUCCCCUUGAUUUCCCUCUCUGCCCUGCUUUGAAAGUCAAUGAGUCAAUCGAUCAAAUAUGGAAGAAAAAAAUAAUGAGAUAUUUAUAAUAUCAUUUCGAGCUGUGUGCCAAAAUGGAAUUUUUCCACCUACCUUUGUCGUUACAACUCAGUGUGCAGUGCUGAAUUAUUCCUUUUGUGUAACCAGUCGCUUUUGUUCCGGUGACCUGUGAAACAAAAAUGAUUUUUUCCAAUUCAGUACUGACAAUUAUGUGAGCAAUACCGAAUCUGAUUGCAAAAGAUAUUGAACAAGAAGUGUUCCGAGGAAACAAUUUGUCUCUAGUAGAACAGACUUUGUAGGUUUUAGUGUGUGCGGCUGGGCGUUUGGUCCUGGACUUACGAAAAAUAACGAGCUGGACUCUUUCACAAGUGCAUUUUUCGUUGUUCUAAAAGAGUAAUUUAAAUAUAAAAAAAAAAUGGUAAAUACUAAAAAAAAAAAUCACGUCGGGGGCGCUCAAACUUAACUUUUAACGCAAGAGAAAUCCCCCCUUUCGAAUGCAUUUAUAUUGUUGUCGUGCAAGUUUUUCAUAUAUGAAUGUGCAUAAAUAACAUACAUAGAGAUGCACUCGUGAAAAAUCCGCGAAGUGCUGUCGAAUCAAUCACAAUCAGAUACGGUAAUUAGCGUGUAAUCCAAAAAUCAUCCAAGUUGUUAUUAUAAUUAUCUCCAUCUCCAUACAUACACAAAUAUAUAACAGAAAAAGAAAUCCACUGACACACUACUUGAAACUUGUUGAACACUUUCGAUCUCGCUGUACAAAACACGUGACUGCGAAAUUAUUCCAAACUGUGUUACUCAAUAUACCGAACGGGACUAAUUUCACUCGCGAGAGUUGGAAGCGUCUUGUUUCCUCUUACUGCACCGUUUGUGCGUGCAAGAAAAUAAUCCCACCAUCACACAAAAGAAUUCUCGCCCCGCCCACAAAUUUUCACACAAAUAUACACAUGAAACAUUUUGAAAAAUUCAGUGAGUGGACAAGAAGAGCAAGCAAGAUAGUGUGUUUAUAGUUGCUGUGAAAGUGCGUUUGUUGAUGAUAGAGAGACUCGAUGAUGAAAAUUUUGCUCUUCAUCGCCACAAUUAUAGAACUACCCAGCAGCAAUCAUCAGCUCAAGGUAAAUGGGAAAGGAACAUUCCGCCUCCAGCGCGCGGUGGAAAAUAUUUUAGAUUUACCUGUCAUCUCAUUUACUAUAAAAUACGAUUGCAGUUGAAAUAUAUAUAUACAAUUCCAUUCACAUUAUAUACAUUUUUGCGGCGACGAGAAUGAAAAUUGAAAAAUGAAUCAUCGCAGUAUCGCACACGGAAUAUUAUAUUAUUAUUAUGAUCAUCGUUCUGGUGAAGAAGAAAACGCGAGGUUUCUUUUUCGCAACUUUUAUCUACACAUCUCAAUAUUUUCCAUUCGUUUUCAACCAUCUCGUUUUUUAUAUUGCAUCAUUGCGAUUGUACUAUAACAUUAAUUGUUACUAAUAAUACUGUUAUUACAAGUACCUCAUUAAACAUGAGUGUUUUGGUUACUUGAAAACAGUCACUCUUUUCUUAUUUACAUAUCCGCUUUGCCGAAAAUCAAAAAGAGUCGCAGGAAACACACGCUAUAAUAACUGGCAGUGCAUAUUCACACAUUGGACAAAUUUUAAAUUUGCAAGAACAAAAUAACUUUUACCCCUCUGAUGAGCUUUUAUCCACAUUUUUACAUCUCAAUAAAUGAAAUUAUUAAAUUUAAAAAAGGUCCCCCAGUCCGUUUAAUGCAAUCAGAUGGGACGACGUACUGCCAAAUCAGAUGACAAUGCAUUUUUUAUAUUAAAAAGUGGAAACAAAAAAUGCAGUUGUAGUAAAGAUGAUGAAACUCACAUAUGAAGCACUGAUUCUCAACAUUUUCAGAUGAUUUGAUUUAUUUUUCGCACGUUUAAUUUUGAUUCUCACUAAACAGCUUGAUCGGUUUUGAAAUAAAUUUAAAUCUGCACAGCAUGGGACACACAGACAAGCACUCACACACUCUCUGCCGAGAACACACGCCACUCUUUAAAUAAAAAAAAAUAUUUCUAAAUCGAUGUGUAGCUUUGACACUUUUGAAAGUUAUUUAUGUGGAUGUUGUCAAAUUAAUUAACAACUAAUAUUUAGGAACGGAAGCUUAAACUAAAAGAAACGUGUAAAUAACUAAAGUUUAUAGUCUUGGUGUUUUUUUCAAUACUCUAUAUACACUUCUUAAUUAAGAUAAAAAGUACUUGUGAAAAUGGUGAUAUUCCGCGCAACCGGCUCAACGCAAAGCAUCUCAACAAAUGCGUACUUGUGGCUUGUGGCGAAAACGAUUUAAGAAAAAAGAAAACGAUAAUUUGUGAAGCGACGACAGACACUCCGUGGAGCAAUGUUGGAAAUUCAUUCUAGCGCUAAUUCGUAGCUUUUUGAGUCUGCUAGCUUUGGAAAAAUAAUUCAUGUGUGAUUUUUGCAUCAAACUGUGGGAACGUUUAGCGAAAAAAAGAGAGAAAAGUUGCUUAUAUAAAUAACUUCUUUGGUGUCAAAGUCUUACAAAAGUGAAUAUUCUGAUGCUUCGUGCGUCAUCUUAAUAAUUAGUAUUAUGAAAACGAACAAACCAACACACUUACAAAUCGACACACACGUGGCUAACACACGACACAUAACACUACACAAGUUGACAACACACAGACACACACACGCAAACUUGCCUCAACACUCUCUCAAUGAAUUAAUUAACCAUCGAAUAAUUAAUUAAUCAUCACUUCUCACUUGCCAUUAAACCUUGCCCAUAAACUCAUUAAAAAAGAAACUUGCUUGAAGUGUUUCCUCCUGUAAAAGUAACUAAAAAAAAUUCACGGUAAAAGUAAAUAAAAAAAUUCCUUCCCAGGAUUUUCUUCGUGACAAUGUGAAAUAAGCAACAGGGACUGCCCCAAAUUUCUUGACAAUCCAUGCUUAUAAGGAAAAAUGGCUUUACCUGUACAGAGUUCUUGAUUUGUGGCUGGUUUCUUGUUAAAUUAUUAAAGUAUAUGAGUAGUUCAGCGCGGUAUUAUACAAUUUAAACAUGACAAAAAAAGAAAGAUUUAACGCAAAGCAAAGAGCGAUAUUACGAGGAAAAACAAUGUGAUCUGCAUUUUUGGAUUGUGUAACUUUUCUGGUUGAAUGUUUAAAAAGUAACCUAGACUUUGUUUGAGUUGCACCUAAUUAACAGAGAGUAUGUAUACAUUGUAACAUGUGAUUUAAAUAAAGUUUGUAAAGUUGACACGAUAAAAAAUGAUAAAAAGCAAAACGCGGAAACUGAAAAAGCUAAAACUAUUUAUCAAACAUUUGAGAAUUGUUUAAAAAUAAUAAAAAAACCAAAUGAAGAAACUGAAGAACGUAACCAACAAAUCAUGUGCAAAUCGAUUGCGCGGUUAAUAAACACGAAGCUCAAUUUUUAUCAAACUUUUGGUUAAUUAAUUAAAUAAUCGAACCACUUUGACGCCUCUCCCUAAAUAACUAACUCUUCAACUAUGCACCCGGUCUCGCUAAUUCGUUGCCUUAUAUCUAAACACCUGUUUGUGCGUGUUCCUAAAUAAUUUUGAUGUUCUCUUUCAAUAACGGCUUGUGUUAAACCCCUGAUUAAUAAUUUUACACAUAAUUAACCGACAAUUACUACUAUACUUCUACAUGAAUUAGGAGAGCAUUAAACGAAUUACUAAAAAACAGACACAGUGUCUCUUACGCAAUAAACUUUUAAACCAAUUACUCGCUCUUAUAGAAAACUAAACGAAGGAAAAAAAUACAAUGAGAAAUCUCUCUCAACACACAUAUAAAUAUACACGAUAAUUUU